AUGGGGAUGGAGCCGCCGCGCUCCCCGCCCGAGCUGGCGGCCGUGGUCGAGGAGGAGGAGAAGAAGAAGGAGAAGGUAGAGGAGAAGAACGAGAACGAAAAGGAGGAGAAGGUAAAGGAGGAGAACGAGAACGAGAAAGAGGAGGAGAAGAACGAAACGGAGAAGUUGAAGGAAGAGAAAGAGGAGAAGGUGAAGAACGAAAAGGAGAAGUUGACAAAGGAGAAAGAGGAGAUGGAGGAGGGCGCGGGGGCGGCGAUCCCCGCGCCGGACUCGGCGGAGGGCUUAGAGGCCGGCGGCGCGGCGGCGCCGGGCAGCCCCGCGGGCGAGGCGGAGCAGCGGGAGGCGGCCAAGGCCGGGCGGCGGGUGGUGAUGGCGGUGGAGGAGGACGACGAGGAGGAGGACGAGGACGAGGAGGAGGAGGAGCAGGAGGAGCCGCCGGGGGAGGAGCAGCUGCGGGCGGAGCUGCUGGAGCAGUACCGGCUGCUGACGCGGGAGCGGGCCCGGCUGCAGCAGGUGAACGUGCGGCUGCAGCACCGGCUGGCCGAGGCCCUGCGCCAGAGGCGGGGCGAGGCGGGGGCCGGCGGGGAGCGCGGCCCGGAGCAGGAGGCCGAGGGCGAGGACGCGGAGGCGGCGGCCGAGGCCGAGGGGGAGAAGGAGCGGGCCUACCGGCGCUGCCUGGCCGCCCUGGAGGAGCUGCGGCGCCAGCAGGGCGACGACCUGGGCUGGUACCGGCGGGAGCUGGGCUGGCUGCGGGAGCGCUGCGCCCAGCGCCUGGCCCAGCUGGGCCGGGCCUGGGGGGCCUUCCAGCGGCUGAAGCGGCGGGCGGCCCUGCGGGCGGCGGGCGGCGGGUGGGCCCUGGCGGGCGGGCGGCGGGCCCUGGCCCUCCGGCUGGGCCGCCUGCAGGCCCUGGAGGCCGCCCGGGAGCAGGCGCUGAGCGCGGCGCGGCUGGAGCGGGCCCGGCUGCUGCGGGCCGCCCGCCACCUGCGGGGCCGCGCCCGGGCGCAGGACCGCCGGGCCCGCGGCCGCCACCUCAUCGACUUCGAGCAGCUGAAGCUGGAGAACCAGGCGGUCGGCGACAAGGCGGCCGAGCGGCAGCGGGAGCUGCAGGGGCUGCGGCGCCAGGCGGCCCAGCGGGCCCGGGCCCUGGCCCACCUGCGCGAGAAGCUGAGCGCCGAGAGGCUCCGCGCCCGCGCCCGGGCGGACCUGGCCCGGGCCGCCGACGCCCGGCUGGCCCGAGCCGCCUCGGGGCCCGGGCCCUGGCCGCCCGCUGCGGCCUGCUGGCCCGGCCCCGCCUGCUCGGCGGCCUGGGGGACCGGGACCGCCUGGCCCGGAGCCGGGCCGGGGACCUCGACCGCCUGCGGGCCCGCCACGCGCGCCUCGCCCUCGACGCCCAAGGCGUCGCCCGCAAGAUCCAACGGGCCCGGGACCGCCCCGACGAACCCCGAGGAUCCGCCCCAUCCCUCUGGAUCCCCCCUCGGAUCUCCUCCGGGCCCCACGGAUCCCAACAGGCCAAGGCCAUCCCCGGGCCCCGCACCGGGCCCCUCGUCAGGAACAACAGGACACAGGCCUUUCGGAACUGAAGACUUCACCCGUCGCUUGGGGAGAAAAGACAUCUCGGCUUUUAAGCGUGAACCUAAUAAAAUGGCUUUCCCUUAA